AAACAUCUUUGACAAAUGGUUUUUCGCGUGAAGAAUUUUACACGUACGUACAACUUGGAUAAGACUUUGACAGCAUAAAGAAUUCUAUGGCGAGAUCCAAGUCAUCGACGUUCUUGCCAUCUCUACAAUCGACGAAACGUCAAACGUUUGAUGGGAAAAGUAAACUGGAUGACAAGAAAAUCGAUCCUGUUGAGGCAUUGGCUCGCACAGCUGACAAGUUACACAUUGACGAAAGUACCGAAGGAAACAUUACUAAUAAAUUGAUUGAAGAAACUGCGAGUGAAGAAGAGACCGUAGAACAUGUACGCAAUUUAAGGAGCAUGACAAUUCCUUCCUACGACAUUGAUGGAAUGACUACGGAAGAAUUACAAGCUUCUCUACGUAAGAUUACAGAAAAUGCACAACAACCGUUUGUUUUUUUAACAAAUAUCUCUGAAGAACUUGCUCGCGACUACGAUUUGUUGAUAAAGACAAAAGAGUCUACAGAUAUUAACAUAGAAUUAACUGCUGUAGCGAAGCGCAUCGAAUCGUGUAAAAUGUUAUUGGAAGAAGCUGAAUCUCGUGUCAAACACAGACGUUAUCGUGCUAAUCCAGAUGAUAUUUGGACACGAUUAUCGGAGAUCGUGUGAGAUCUUUGCCAUUUUUCCUCUUAUUCGUCGUGACAAAAUUUCAUUUGUGUAUUACAAAUAAAAAUGGUUUAUAAAGA